AUGGCAUCAAAUCAGCUAAUAAACAAGUCCUCAGUUAUAGCCAUGGCUUGGGGAUUAUUCAAUGAUGGUGCUGGGGUGCUUUCCAACUUCAACACAUAUAAAGAAUUCUUCAGCUGGACGGCAUCAGUUAUAACCGCCAUUCAUUAUCGACAGAGCACCUCAGAGUCGCCAGACAAUGACAAGACAGUUGCACAACCACAUGAUAAAGAGAAAAUUGAUCGGCUAGAGGUUGAUCUUUGGAAGCUGAAGACAACAAUGCCCAAGAUGCUUGACCUCAUUGAUCGGGUUGAGUUUCUAAGCCAUAAGGAACAAGUGGUUGAUCUCCUCCCAAAUAUCAAAGGUGCAGUGUUCGAUGCAGAGGACCUGCUUGAUGAGUUUGAUUAUGAUGUACUCAAGUUGAAGGUUGAAUGCAGCAAGAAUUUGAAGCCAGGUCAUUAUAAUGACACCUUUCUGGAAUUCUUCGACAGAUCCAGUGAUUACAAAAGACAAGUCAACAUAAUUCAAGAAAAACUAGAUCAUGUCCAUAAGCAGGCCAUGGAUAUGGGCUUGCACCAAGCACCACGGAAGUUUGAUAAAUCAGUUAGGCCAGAAACAACUACCUACUUUAAUUGUGUGGAAAAAAUGGUUGGUCGUGAAAAAGAAAUGAAGGAGUUGUUGGGAAAACUAGGAGUUCGUGGACUGAAGAGAGGAAGAACUGAAAGCAAAGCAAGAAUGACAGAGUUGCAUGUGUUAUCCAUUGUUGGCAUGGGAGGUGUCGGGAAGACAACGAUGGCCCAACAAAUCUGCAAGAAUACAAAUGUGAAGAAACACUUUGGCCCCAUAAUUUGGACAUGUGUUUCAGAUGACUUUGACACAAAAGGGUUAACGAAAGCGAUUAUAGAGGGCCUCGGAGGAGACGCGUCAUCUAAUAAUCUGAAUGUUCUUAUGGGUAAACUAGAAGGUCGUGUCAAGUCCAAAAAGUUCUUGCUUGUCCUUGAUGACAUGUGGGAUGAUAUCUUGAAGGAUGACGCAGCAGGGUGGAAGAGCUUGUGUGCAUGUUUGGAAAAUGGCGCUGAAGGAAGUAGGAUUUUGGUCACCACUAGAUUCCCCGAGGUUGCUGAGCUAGUUGGCCCUAUGAAUAAUUUUGAGUUAAAUGGCUUAGAACCAAAGGUAUUCUGGGAUUUCUUCAAAUCCUGUGCAUUUGGAUCCACGAGUUCUUGCAACAACCAGGAGUCACUGGAAUUGGAGCACAUUGGUAAAGACAUUGUUCCAAAGUUGAAGGGUUCCCCAUUAGCUGCCAAGACUAUUGGUCGCUUGUUGAGAAUGGAGCUAAGUACAACACAUUGGAAAAAUAUAAAGGAAAGUGAACUCUGGAAAUUAAAACAAACAGAUACUGACAUUCUGCCAGCCCUUCGACUGAGCUAUAUGUAUCUACCGCAGAAACUGAAGAGAUGCUUCUCAAUCUGUGCAAUGUUUCCCAAGGAUCACAAAUUUGGGAAGGAUUUUCUAGCUGAUAUUUGGAUUGCACAAGGAUAUGUGGAGGGGCCCCAAGAAUCAUCAAUGUGCUUCGAUGCCCUUGCAAAUCGUUCAUUCUUUCAGAAACCAUCACCACAGAGUCUUAAGUAUGUAAUUCAUGAUCUGAUGCAUGACACAGCACAGCUAGUCUCGAAGGAUGAGUGCUUCAUUAUAAAGCAUGCUAGUGACCUGGACAAAGUUCCUUCAAAUGUCCGUCAUCUGUCAAUAUUCACAAACGGAAAUGUUCAGUGUUCUGAAUUGACGAGCAUAUGCGACAAGAAAAAUUUGAGGUCCCUGGUAUGCGAUGAAUCGUAUAGCAAAGCAAAAGAUUUUGAGCCUGUGAUAAACUGUUGGUUCAGGGAGCUACCGAAAAUCCGUGUAUUGAGUUUUAAACUUUCUGGAGUACGACAACUACCUGAGAGCAUGGGCAACUCAAAGCAUCUGCGUUACCUUUCUUUACUUGGAAGUGUUACUUUCAGCACAUUUCCAUUAUCAGUAUGUCGUCUGCAUCAUCUGAAAAAUAUAGACUCUAGCAGUUGUGUGAUUGAAAAGUUUCCUCCAGGCUUCAGUGAUGUCCUCAGCUUAGAGAAGAUCAAUUCAAAGUGUUUUAGUUAUAGCAAGGACCACUCUGGCAAACUCUGCCUAAAAUGGUCCCAUCCGCUGCAUAGUCCUGAGGGAGUGAAGAUAAUGGAAAACCAGAUGGAAAUGUUACCUCACUGGAAUCUCCAACAUUUGCACGUAAAGAACUACGGAGGUGAAUCUUGCCCUAGCUGGCUCCAGCCCAACCUCCUGCCAAGGUUACGUUCUCUUGAAUUUAUGAAUUGUGUCAGUUUGAAGAGCAUACCAUUCUUUCUCCAGUUAGUUGGGUCACUGGGCAAUACAUCACAAUCAGACAACAUUAAUCGUAUUGAAGAGUUGGUCAUAAAAGAAUGUGGUCAAAUCAGUUGGCAAGGCUUGGUGGUCUUACCUACUUCUCUUAGAAAGCUAGACCUUCGGAGCCCGGGCUAUUCCAUGGAUCACUUCGUGAGCUGCUUCCUUGACCUCACCUCCCUCACUUAUUUGAGAAUGCAUGACUGCGACUCGUUGACAGCUAUUCCCCUGUAUGUGUGGAGAAGCAAUCUUCCAUCCCUGGAAGAACUAGACAUCAGUUUUUGCAAUAACAUUACAUCAAUAGUCUCUGAAGCAAGUAGUAGCAGUAGCACCACCAACGGCGGCAUUAAAGGUUUUUCAUCCCUUGCUAAGAUAUGUAUUCUUUGCUGUCCGAAAUUAUUGAGCUUGCAUGAAUUCUUCAAGCCAGAUUGUCUACCUGCCGUGAAGACCAUUGAGGUUUCCUCUUGUGAAGAGUUGAUGUCGCUGUCUGUUGACAGGCUUGACGGGUUGCAGCAGUUGACAAUUCGAGGUUCUGAUAAGUUCAAUAUGGAGAGGGCAAUGAUAUUACCAUCCUCUCUUAAGAAGCUCAGCUUGAGUGAUUGUCAGGGCAUAGAAUCCAUCAACCUCGCCAAUGGCCAGUUGGCAAGUUCUCCAGUAUUGGAGGAACUUAGCAUUUUGCGCUGUUCAGACCUUAAGUCCAUUGGUGGUGCAGCAGCUGUUGAUAAAAUAAAGAAAGUGAGUAUAAAGGAGUGCCACGAGCUCAAGGAAAUACAACAGCCGCUCUUUCACUGGAACGGAGGGAGUGGUACCCAAAUCUUUUCAAGGAGGACUACAAGGAGCUGGCAGUACAUAUUUUCGAGGAGGCCUAUGAAAGAGGAUGAAGGUCACACCAUCUGA